GUCGUCUGCUGCUGUUAGUUGUCGCACACACGUUCUAUCAGUGACGGAUGGUCGUGGUGCAUUCUCGAAUGAGACUGACGUAGAUUCUUGCAAACAACGUUUUGACUUUCUAAUCAGGUACUUGCGUGGGUGAGACAAGGAUUUCAAGACGGCGAGAAAGUGUUAGUUCUCCUCCCGCGCUUUUUGGAAAAAACACUCGUCUAAGUUAUUUUUGUUGGAGUCGGGUUUAUUUGCAAGCACGUCAUUGAAAUGAAAAGGUGUUAUUUAAAAUCUUCCUCAAGAUUGGAAACCUCUUCAUUAAAAGUGGAUAACACUGAGUCGCCGUGUUUAACAGAUUUAAUACUUGGAGAAAAGUUCAGUCUCUUUUCAUGCCAAUGGAAAUUAUAAUCACUUCAUCGCCUGUAGCAGAAAUUCGCCGGCCAUCUGAAAAUGAGAAAUGCUGACGAUCAUCGAUUAAACAGACGAGUUUAUAAGGCAUUCGGAGAAUAGGACACACGCAAUCAUCAGCUAUUUGACUGUAGUGUUAAGUCGAUUCAUCAAUCUUGUUAAACGAAGGACACAUCGAGUUUUGCUUAAGAAAGCAUGUUUUGAAAAUUCGCCCUUUCUAGCCUUCAGUAAUAUAAUUAAAUUCGAUAUUUGUGGUUGUAAUGGUUGUUGUCUUUACGGAUGUGUCUUCAACUCUUCACUUCUGAAAGCUGCCAUUCAUAGGAGAUAGUACGGAUUUAAACGAACUUCCGGGAAAUAGACUACUUCAUUUCACGAUUUUUGCCUGGAUAAUCUACACGCUUCUUUCCCUACACUUGAAUUUGUCCUUAUCAAGAUUUUAAGUGGUGACUUUUGUACUUUUUUUUUCUUCAAAUGGCGGCUGUAGCGUGCAAUAGCCUCGGCGGGCAACUAGCCCUAAGUUACUCCCAACCUGUCCUAAAAUCAACCUUCUAUCACGAUAUCUACACCGUUAAAGAAGAAAUAGAUACAAACUCCAACCAUAUAGCAAAGAAAAAUGACAUUUCAAAGCAGAAAAGUGCAUCGCUGCACCGCGGUACCGUCCGAUUUGUGCAGCUAGCCACCGCGAAUUUAUCGACGACCAGCGAUCUGUCGAACUCGAAAGACUCGGGAAUCGGAUCUAGCGACGACAACAAUAGCCAAGGCGAGAAUACGAUCACCAGGGACGAUGAGGCGCCCGGAGACGAGGCGGAGGAUGAUGAGGAACAUGUCAAAUUCACGGAGACAGCGCGAAAAUACACGAAUGCGAACGUUGAGAAGAUGACAUGGAAGGAGAGAGGGGAGAGGAUGGAUAACUGCUUAGGUUGGCUACGGGAAGAAAUCACAAAAAUGAAGAAGCAGGACCAGAGUCUGAUGCGUCAAUUCAUGGAACUGCGUUCGACCAUCCAUCAGCUCAAGCAAUCAAGUACGCAACAGAGUUUGAGAGCAACCUAUCUACGCAACCAAUCAUCAUGCGCCAAUCUCGGAGCAUCCGACCUAUCAGCGCGCAGCAACACGCCACACCGCCAAUCACAUUCGCAAUCGCGGAGUAGUCUCCGCCCACUCGGCGCAACCAGCCAAUCAUCGACGAGCAGUAACUUGUCAUCCAUGCAGUUUCAUUCACGCGGGAACCUCAACCACGCGCACUCAAAUCUAAGCGGGAAUGUCAAAAUGGGGCAGAGCCUGGCGCAUCUGGAGGACACAAGUUUCGACAUGGACAGUUAUUUCGGUGAAGUCGAUUUCGAAAACGAUUCUUUCUAUGACGACGACGACUCCGAUGCUUUUGUCGAUCUGCCCGAUGGUAUGGGUGGUACUCCCGUCUCUGCGCUAUCGGAACAGCCUUACAUGCCUCAGUAUCGUACCCGGACUGUUUCUUUGGUGACACCGCAUUACAUCGGUCGACCAACCGCGUCGGGCUACCUUGCAAGGUCGAGAUACAUGUCAUUUUCAAACGCGAAAGGGAGAGUGGAAAGCGAAAGAGCAAUUUUAGAAUGAAAGUGGUAUUGGUUUCCAUGGUAUCCAUGAAACUUUAUAUAGACAGUCAGAGAUUGAUUUAUUUUAGGUAUUUUUUUUAUAUUUCAGAUUUGUAUAUACUUGCUUUUCAAACACUGAUAGUUUGUGUUUAAUAAAGUGCAAAACGUAUCCUUUAAUAAAUUAGUCAUUAAAAUACAUAAGAUAGUAUUAGCUUGCAUACACUUUGGGUUUAUUGGGUAACAAUACAAAUGAAAAUAUGGGUAUUUAUAUGAUAAUUCUAAUUAUAAUACGUGUGAAUAUUACCUUAAAUUGUCACACUCAGUCACCACAUUAGAGCGUAUUGUGGUAAAUGUACUCAUAUACGACAUGGUGCCGGACUUUAUGAACAGUUCAUGUUCCAUUGAUUUCAUGAAUGGAAAUUUCAGAAAUGUACUUUUUCUUAAACAAGCCAUUCGGUUGAAAGGUCAUUUCGUUCAAAAUUAUAAGCAAUUCAAAGGUGAAUAACACGUUUUUAUGCUCGCAGGAAAUAAUUUUAAGAUUACCUUCAUACUAUGGGGAUAUACGAAGCAAUCACGUUUUGUUGUUAAAGGUGUGUUUCAAUAGUUGCAUACCUAUCCUCUUGAUUUUCACAUUAAUCCAGCGGGAUACGAUAUAACCAACUAAAUACCCAACACCAGUAUGAUUCAGAAGUUUAGAACUGCAUGCAUGGAGAGUGUACUAUUCCAACAUCUUCCUGAUAAUAAUGUCGUGAUGAUAACAGCUGAUAGUGGGGCCUCCAUUAAUUCCGAUCUACUUUUGAUAACUUAAAUGUACACAAAACACACAUUUCUCACGCAACAUCCGCCAUUUCCGUCUAAUUGAGUUAUUUUUAACACGAUUCCGAUUACAUGGUAUUGUCUAUGCACUUCGGAUACGUCUUUUGACCUAAUUACCGCAUAAGAAAGCGCUGAAUAUCAGUGGAAUUCAAUAUGCAUGAGAUUGUUUUGAAUAGCCGUGGGUCUAAAUAAUUCUGGAAGCAAAUGAUGAUUAUCUUUAUGGAUAAAGCUAAUUGUUUCGUUUAUUGGUUUUUAUUACAUACUGAUAUAAAGAAGAUGUAAACACAUCUUUUGAAUGCACACUGCCUCAUCCUUCAUGUUCAUGGAUAUAAUUAAGAACUGUAUGGAAAUAUGUUAUAUUAUAGAGAAGGAGGAAGAUUAUAUAAUGCAGUAAUAUGUAGUUGUAUUACAAUCAUCAACAUUUGCCCCCAUUUGCCAUCGUCGUCUCACAAAUUGGUAAAAAAUAUCAAACAUGGGGGUAGCAAUCCUUCCCGGAGGGAACAAACGCAGAUUGACUUUGUGGUUGUCAGCGCUUUGCACCUCCGACCCGUGGAGGAACCCCCUUUUGUGUCACGUGAUGCUAGGUACAUGUACGCCACAGCUCGCAACGCGGCAGAAUCAAUAAUCAAUUGAUAAAUCGUGUGCUGAGAAGAAGUAGGGCAUUCUAUAUACGUACGGUGCUAUUAGUUAUAAACGUUAUCCUUGCUCUGAGCAAGGGAAAUUCAACAAGGGGUUCAAUAUAAAUAUAUGUGAGACGACACUGUUGUUAUAAGUCGAUUAUAUACAUCGAUUUGAUUUAUCUGAUCGCUGGUGAUGUUUCUUAUUAACGAGAUACUAGAAUUUGUUAUAUAUAUUUUGACAGACGUUUGAAUAAAGUAUUGCUCAUUUAAAAGCAGAGAAAUGCCAAAUAUA